GCGCCUGUCUCGUCAACAGCUCAUGCGCGAUGGGCUUCGCCACUGGCCAUGGUCGAAGAUCCUCAGUGGCCCCUCAGCUUGUUCUUGCGAGAUUUACCCGGUGCCAGAGUCCCCCUCUCCUCCUGUGGUGGGCGAUCCUGCGACAGUGCUGGCUAUCUCGCGACAUUAUCACUACCUGGAUACAUAGCGAUCCGGUCGGCUUAGGCGACAUGACUACGACGUCGACGUCGACGACCGUCGAGGCGGCCCCCGCAACGCACUUCUCGAGCGUCGACGGCGCGAAGGCGCCUUCUCCGCGUCCCCGUGUGCCCACACACUCCAAGUCUGACUCUUUCGGGGAUGCGGAAGACAUCGAGCUGCAGGAUCGCGAGAGAGCCGGGCCUACUGUGGCUGCCGAGGACGCUGCUGUUGAAGAUGUUCCCUUCGUGCAGACCAAGCAGCAAGUGUUACUCGGCCACAUUCAGCUUGCUGCUCUCUGUUGGUGCCUGUUCAUGGCGGGCUGGAACGACGGGACAACGGGACCUUUGCUUCCGCGUAUCCAGACGGUCUAUCAUGUUGGCUUCGUCAUUGUGUCCAUGAUUUUUGUUUCGGGAUGCAUAGGGUUCAUGCUCGGUGCCAUGGUGAAUGUUUACCUGACAGAACGGAUCGGCUUCGGGAAAACCAUCGUGCUUGGAUCGCUGUUCCAAGUGGUGGCAUACGCGAUGCAAGCACCGGGCCCGCCGUUCCCAGUCUUCGUCGUCGCAUACUUCAUCAACGGCAUCGGAAUUUCGCUGCAGGACGCGCAGGCCAACGGCUAUACUGCCAGCUUCAAGAACAAUGCGGAGGCCAAGAUGGGUAUAUUGCACGCGGUCUAUGGGCUGGGCGCCAUGUGUUCCCCUCUGGUUUCAACGCACUUCUCCCAUGUGGAGCACUGGAGCUUCCAUUAUCUCGUAUCAUUAGGAGUGGCCCUGACCAACACGGCCGUUCUUAUCGCCGUCUUCCGCUUGAAGAGUCAGGACGAAAACCUCGCUAAGAUCGGACACGCAGCAGGGGAGACGGGCACCAGCGAGGACAGCGCAUACCGCCAGAUCAUGCGACUCAAGGAGCUGCACCUGCUCGCCUUUUUCAUCUUGGUCUAUGUCGGCGUGGAGGUUACCAUUGGAGGAUGGAUUGUCACCUAUGUUAUUGACGUCAGACACGGUGGCCGUUCCAGCGGUUACAUUUCUUCUGGAUUCUUUGGAGGCUUGACCGUGGGUCGUGUAGCCCUACUCUGGGUCAACCGUCUGGUUGGCGAACGACGCGUGCUUUUCCUCUAUGCGAUCCUUGCCAUAGCCUUGGAGCUAGUGGUAUGGCUAGUACCGUCGCUCAUCGGUGGUGCAGUUGCGGUCUCUCUGGUCGGAGUUCUGCUGGGGCCGUUCUACCCGAUCGUCAUGAACCAUUCUGGUCGCAUCCUCCCUCGCUGGCUCCUCACGGGGUGCAUAGGAUGGAUUGCUGGUUUCGGUCAGGCCGGCUCCGCCAUACUCCCUUUCAUCACCGGAGCGAUAUCGCAGAAGGCCGGCAUCAAGAGUCUCCAGCCCCUGUUGGUUUCAAUGAUGGGGUUGAUGAUCGUUUUGUGGGCGCUAGUACCUGGACAUGCAAAGCGUCCGGACUGAGUGUUCCUUCCAAUAACGUGUCAACGGUCUUUUCGUGCUGGGAGCUGUCGUUUAUAUCCGCCCUUUAGUAUAUGGUUGAUGAAAGACUGCAUGCUGUAUCUGUAAUAGAGCAAAUCGGAAUAUUAUCCAUCGUUAUUC